AUGGCACAGAAGAAAGUGCUCAGAAGAUUAAUGGUUCAAGAUAUCCAAAGAAUUCUUUUGUGGAUAUUCAAUUCAUGCAAGAGACCGUCAUUCAUGCCCUUGAAAGCAUCAGAACAGCCUACAGCAGCAAUCAUAGUGAAGAUGAAAGACGCAUCUACAAGCAUAGAAAAACUUAUAUCGAAGCUUAGAAUAAGGAGUUCUGUACUGAUCAAUGAAAGGAUUCCUUUUGAAAUGUUAUUUGAGUGCAUGCUGAGAGAUGGUAGGUAUGAAAAUAUCAACCCUUCUCUAGAUUAUGUGUCUGUUGAGAACCUGAAUCUUGUUCCAAUGGCAGACUUCAGAACAGUUCAGUACUCUGGAGUAUUUGUACCAAACAAAACACCUCGAAUAGAAGUUGAUAUGAACAAAUACAACGAAUCUCAGCAGAUUUCUGUGCAUGACAUCCUUGCACUGGAUGUAGAAAAGGUCAAAACAAGCCAAGGAAAAGAACUCGGACGUGUCUCACUUGUUGAUAGCAAUGGAAGAGUGGUGUAUGACAAGAUAAUCAAACCAAGGAGCGAUGUUAUCGACUAUUUGACAAAAUACAGUGGACUAACAAAAGAGAUAGUGGAUGAAGGCAUAGAUGCAGAAAUAUGCAAAGAUGAGGUGCUUAGACUAAUUGGAGCCAAUACGGUUAUUAUUGGGCAUGGGAUCGAAAACGAUCUGGAGUCCUUACAGCUGUAUCACGACAAAAUAAUAGACACUGCACAUUUAUUUUCAAGCCCAGAAGGAAGGAAAAUAUCAUUAGAUGAACUUUCGAAAAAAUACCUUAAAAAAUCAAUUCACAACAGUACACACGACUCCACAGUAGACGCACUCACGUGCCUUAAACUCCUAUCAAUCAAGAUCCAACACAUCCUUACACUUUUAAAUCCACAAACUCCAAGCAUUGAUAUAAAUGCAAGAAUUUGCAAUAUGCAUAUAGAAGAUCUCUCUGAUGAUGUAGGAAAAGGUGUGCUUGGUAUGGUUGCUGCAGAUUGUAAAGGUAUUGAAAGAUGCAUGAGCAUCCACAAAAAACGAAAAGAUAUACUAUGGAUGCUUACCUAUGAGAUAGGCAGUAAAACAUAUAUCAGCUUCUAA